UCAGUCUCGCGGUGAAGAGCCGGGAGCUUCCCCGGUUCCAUCGAGGCUGCGCGGGCUGCUCGGGACUUCGCUGUCCGGAGUGCAUCAUGGACGACAAAGAGUUAAUCGAAUACUUUAAGUCUCAGAUGAAAGAAGAUCCUGACAUGGCCUCGGCAGUGGCUGCCAUCCGGACUUUGCUGGAGUUCCUGAAGAGAGAUAAAGGGGAGACUAUCCAGGGCCUGAGAGCGAAUCUCACCAGCGCCAUAGAGACCCUGUGCAGCGUGGACUCCUCGGUGGCCGUGUCCUCAGGCGGGGAACUCUUCCUGCGCUUCAUCAGCCUGACCUCCCUGGAGUAUUCGGAUUACUCCAAAUGCAAGAAGAUCAUGAUUGAGCGCGGCGAGCUCUUCCUCCGUAGAAUAUCACUGUCCAGAAACAAGAUCGCAGAGCUGUGCCACACAUUCAUCAAGGAUGGAGCGAGGAUACUGACUCAUGCCUAUUCCCGGGUGGUCCUUCGAGUCCUGGAAGCAGCCGUGGCGGCCAAGAAACGUUUCAGUGUGUACAUCACGGAGUCGCAGCCAGAUCUAUCAGGUAAGAAAAUGGCCAAAGCGCUCUGCCACCUCAACGUCCCCGUCACCGUGGUCCUGGACGCUGCUGUUGGCUAUAUCAUGGAAAAGGCAGAUCUUGUCAUCGUCGGUGCCGAAGGAGUUGUUGAAAAUGGAGGCAUCAUUAACAAGAUUGGAACCAACCAGAUGGCUGUUUGCGCCAAGGCUCAGAACAAGCCUUUUUACGUGGUGGCAGAAAGCUUCAAGUUUGUCCGGCUUUUUCCGUUAAAUCAGCAAGACGUCCCAGAUAAGUUUAAGUAUAAGGCGGACACGCUGCGGUCGGCGCAGACAGGACGAGACCUCAAGGAGGAGCACCCAUGGGUGGACUACACCUCCCCAUCCUUAAUCACACUGCUGUUCACAGACCUGGGUGUCCUGACGCCCUCAGCCGUCAGUGAUGAGCUCAUCAAGCUCUACCUGUGACCCCUGGGCCAUCUCUCCCGUGUCUGCAACUGUAGCAGGGCGGGCCUCAGACCUCCUGGCCCCGGCGGAGAACCAUGCCACAGCAGAGCUUUUUAAAGGAGACCCACGGACUACGGACUUCAAGUCGUCCAUUUUUUUACUCAUCUCACUCCCAUCUCACGUGUCUGUGGUUCUCCCAAGACCCAAGUGAAAUUUUACAUGAGGUUCCCAGAAAUGCCAGUUCUCGGCCACCUGAGGAGCCCCCAUCACCUCUCUUCCUCUUGCCCUGUACCGAUCUGCCAGAAGCAUCCAGGCCCCUUCUCAGGACAUGCCUGAGGGCCACCGGGACGUGAUGACUUGGGCCUCAUAGAGAGGCAGGCAGUAUUUGAGUUGCCCAGUCACCCGGCUCCAGAUCAAGGCCUGGUACCAGGGGACACAGGACAGCGGGUGCGCACUGAGCAGUCACAGCCCCGAGAUUCCGUGCACAGGGGUGCCCUCCCACUGGUGAAGCUGUGUCUCAAAGGCAUGACGUCCUUU